AUGGCAUCUCUAUCCCCAGCCCAGAGCGGAGGCGCUUCCGCACCUCAAAGUGUGGAGAAGAUCAGCCGUUUAGCUCAGGACUACAAAUUCAACCCUGCAGUUCCCUUACGGUACUGGCUGAGGACGGCUGCUACCCUAGUUCGUGAGGCUCGAAUCUACCUGCGCGAAGGACAUGAUGAACAGGCAUACCUCCUCCUCUUCCGACAUGCUCAAUUAGUGCUUGUUCAUUUAGCCGACCAUCCAGACUUGAAGGAUGGGAAAGAUGUGAGGGAAGAACGGAAGGCUCUAAUAGCGGCUGAGAAGGAGGUGAAGCAGAAUCUGGAGAUCCUGGAAAAACUGAAGCCGCGGAUCAACAAGCGAUAUGAGCGGCAUACACAGUUGAUGCGUGAACGCCAGUCCCGCAUGUCCUCGUCCGCUGCGGUCAGUCCCGCUGCGUCGAGCCAGCCGUCGCCACCUCCGGACCCCGCUCUGUCUGGUGUUGCCGAACCUCUAGAAGCUGGGAAGGAUAAUGAGCUAGCUGUCAAGCUGGCUCGGACCGAGAUUAGUCGAAGGGCAACCGUCAGGAACGCGAUGCGCCAAGGUGGACUCAGCGGUGAGGAUGAUUCGAGCCGACGCGCGGCAGGGAUAUGGGGUGACUGGGAAGAAGCUCUGCAGCGAAAUGAGAGGAGGGAUCCCGACGAUCUGAGUCGACGCAUUCAAGAAGUGCGACUGAACCUGGAGGGCAGGCCACAGAUUUCAAGCAAGUCUGUAACGCGGCCGCUGGCCGAUGUCUCAUCUACGCCCACUUACAAAUAUCCAACUGUUCCUCGGCAGAAAGCGCUUGAUGUUCCCUCUGUUCCGGUGGAUAUUCCAAAGACCGAGGCCCGCGAGCUCACCAAGCCACCGGUACUUCCUCCGAAAGAGAGCUUUCAAACUAGCCAGCCAAGCGGGCUUGAGCUUCCGCCGCGUCCGGACAAGAUUUCACAGGCAGUUCCACCAGCAUCUGCAGCAGCAGUGCCUACGAAAGUGCCAGGGGACGACAAACGCAAGGGAUUGGACCCCUCCAGCUUCACAUUCAAGCCAUCCGCCUACCUUGAAAACGGGACGCCUCUUCGCACCGUCUUUCUUCCACCACAGUUGCGGUCACAUUUUCUGUCGCUCGCCGCGUCAAAUACUCGUAAGAAUUUGGAAACGUGCGGUAUUCUCUGUGGUACACUGAUAUCUAACGCCCUCUUUAUUUCUCGACUUCUUAUCCCCGAGCAGAUAUCUACAUCAGACACCUGCGAGACAGUCAACGAGUCCGCCAUUUUUGAUUACUGCGACUCGGAAGAUCUAAUGGUGCUUGGCUGGAUCCAUACGCACCCUACCCAGACCUGCUUCAUGAGCUCAAGGGACUUGCACACACAUUGCGGGUAUCAAGUCAUGCUACCGGAGAGCAUUGCCAUCGUUUGCGCGCCGAGUCAGACCCCAAACUGGGGUGUAUUCCGUUUGACGGACCCUCCAGGGCUCAAGUCGGUCCUGAGCUGUACUCAGACCGGACUGUUCCAUCCUCAUGCUGAGACCAAUCUAUACACGGAUGCGUUGCGCCCAGGGCAUGUUUUUGAGGCUAAUGGGUUAGAAUUCGAGACUGUUGACCAGCGGGUGAACAAGUCAUGA